AUGAAGUGUUUUCGCUCUUUCAAAGACAAGUUUAGAAGCCAGGGGCAAAGAUCAGACCCAAUGUUGAAAGGAGAAAGAAAAGCAGAUGGAUGUUCAGGGCCUGACCGGAUCUCAAAGUCUUCUUCCGCAUGCUCAGCAGCUUCUCCGCAUAACACACCCGAGUUGUACGAAGCAAAAUCUCACAAUUUGAGGGUCUUCUCUUUUUCAGAUUUUAGGGAAGCCACUUGUAAUUUCGAUCUGCUACAUAAGGUUGGCAAAGGCGGCUUCAGGAGCAUCUACAAAGGUACAAUCAAGCCUGCUGAUGAGCCUUUCGAGGUUGCUAUUAAAAAGCUUUACAAUAAUGAUUUGCAGCUACGUCCUGUUGUUUCUGUGUUGAUUAGUACUGAGUUGCUGAGUUAUAUAGCUGGAAUUACACACGAAUUAUGCAGUUUAAAACCUUUUGUUAUCACUCAAUAUUCUUAA